AUGAUCUCCUUCUGCCUCACUGCCUUCGUCCUCGGCGCCCUGCCCCUCCUUGCGGCCGCCACCCCCCUCGACACCCGCACCGCCGGCAAGUGCUCGACCGGCCCGCUCCAGUGCUGCAACAGCGUCCAGAAGGCAAACGACCCGGCCGUGUCGGCUCUCCUCGCGGCCGUCGGCAUCAACGCGCAGAGCGUCGACGUCCCCGUCGGAGUGACCUGCACGCCCAUCACCGUCAUCGGCGUCGCCUGUUGA